AUGGAUUUUUUCAACGCUGCUCUAAAGGAUAACAUCACAUUUGUGCGCCCUGCAUAUUUCAUAAUAAGUGGAUUUGUUGGUAUACCAAACAUUAACUCUUACUUUGUUUUUCUCUUUUUUGCUUACAGUCUUUCAUUCAUUGGAAAUGUAACUGUAAUGACUGUUAUCAUGUUGGAUCACACGUUAAGAAGUCCGAAACAUGUUGCGGUUUUCAAUUUGGCAUUGACAGACUUGUUAAGUAGCUCUGCUUUGGUGCCAAAAGUUAUUGAUACUUUUCUGUUCGACAAUCGCUAUAUUUCCUACAAUAACUGUUUGACCUACAUGUUUUUCUGCUUCACAUUAAUUUCAAUGCAGUCUCUUAAUCUGGUUGUGCUCUCUAUUGACAGACUGAUGGCCAUCCUCUAUCCACUGCACUAUCAGGUGAAGGUGACGCACAGAUUCAUGCUGUCUGUGAUUGCUUUUUUCUGGCUCUUUGCUGUUAUAUCCAUUCUGAUUCUUGUUGGUCUUAUCACGAGACUUUCUUUCUGUUCGUCAGUGGUUAUCAAGAGUUUCUACUGUGACCACGGUCCUGUGUACCGACUUGGUUGUAACGAUGUCACUCCAAGUCGUGCAAUGGCAGGUAUCUUGCCAGUUGCUAUCAUUGGGUUUCCACUAGCCUUUAUUGUGGCCAGUUAUUGCUGUAUUAUUCAUGCUUUAUCAAAAAUUUCUACAUUUCAGCAAAGAUUGAAGGCCUUUAAAACAUGCACCGGCCAUAUUUCUUUAGUGGCAUUAUUCUACUUGCCAAUCACAAUUGUAUAUUUACUCGGGUCCAAAAUCCAAUUAAAUGCUAGAAUCAUCGGUUUGUCCUUGAGUACUAUCAUCCCUCCCACUCUGAACCCAAUCAUUUAUGUUUUUCAGACUCAAGAAAUCAAGGAAUCAUUGAAAAAGAUGGUGAAAGUCAGGGAGCAGUUCAAAAUCCGAAUGAAGAAUUAG